CAUAUUGUAGGCCAUUUUAAUUGUUUGCCAUUACUUAGGUAAAUUGGUAGGACUAGCUAAAUUCAUCUUUUUCAGCUAGCAAACUAAAGUUUUCCUCGUCUUGGGCCUCAAGGUCUACCAUAAGUUGAAACUUGUAGUUGUUUAUCUGCCAUUUAUCUAUUAUGUUACUGAUAAAUCUGAAUUUGUGUAACGCGAAUGGGGUUUCAAAGUAACGCGAAAUGACUGAAUUUUUAGAUGUUUGCAUCUGUAUAUUUGUUAAAGUAUUUUAUAGACAAAAAUCGUGCUCAUCAAAUCUUGAAAGAGGUUACUAGUGCAUGAACUUCUUCUCAACUUUUUAUUUCGUUAUGCAUGCAGCAUCAUUGUGGACUGGUUUCUGAAAUAUAUGGGAACUGGGAAAUCACUGUCUGAAUGUUGUGGAUUACCUCUGAGUGACCUCAUAGAGUGCAACCAUGGUGGUUGGACUGCAACAUCCAUCUGUAGUUGACAUGAUACGUAGUCAAUCUUAUCUCUACUCUAAGCUCUCUCCCAAUUUGGCCGUGAACACAGUUAGUCAGAAUAUCACCAGUUUACAUGUGAAUGGAGGUUUACAAAGUUUUGUGCAGCCCCCGAGCCAGGGAGAUAGCAUUUCCUUUAUGUCCCCUAUGACACCUGUAUUUGUGCAUGCACCAGCAGAGAAAGGUGUUCAAGGUUUCGCCGUUGACUUUCUUACGGGAGGAGUAUCUGCUGCUGUCUCAAAAACAGCUGCUGCUCCAAUUGAACGUGUAAAGCUCUUGAUUCAGAAUCAGGAUGAAAUGAUCAAGUCUGGUCGUCUCUCAAGACCCUAUAGCGGAAUAGCCGACUGCUUUGGUAGAACAAUGAAAAAUGAAGGCGUUCUCGCUUUAUGGAGAGGCAAUACUGCCAAUGUUAUCAGAUACUUUCCUACCCAGGCUCUGAACUUUGCUUUCAAGGAUUCCUUCAAAAGACUUUUCGACUUUAAGAAGGAUAGAGAUGGCUACUGGAAAUGGUUUGCUGGAAACUUGGCUUCUGGAGGUGCAGCUGGUGCUUCAUCCCUUCUAUUUGUCUACUCCUUGGAUUAUGCCCGAACACGUCUCGCAAAUGAUGCCAAGGCUGCCAAGAAAGGCGGGGAAAGGCAAUUCAACGGUCUGAUCGAUGUCUACAAGAAAACCCUUAAAUCUGAUGGUAUUGCGGGUCUCUAUCGUGGAUUUAACAUCUCCUGUGUUGGUAUCGUCGUCUACCGUGGGCUCUACUUUGGAAUGUACGAUUCUUUAAAACCCGUUGUACUUGUUGGAAAUAUGCAGGAUAGUUUCCUGGCGAGUUUCCUUUUAGGUUGGGGUAUCACAAUUGGAGCUGGUUUAGCCUCCUACCCGAUAGAUACUGUUAGAAGAAGGAUGAUGAUGACAUCUGGUGAAGUCGUGAAGUACAAGAGCUCACUCCAUGCAUUCACCCAGAUAGUCAAGAAUGAAGGUGCUAAAUCUCUUUUCAAGGGUGCUGGUGCAAACAUUUUGCGUGCAGUUGCAGGUGCUGGUGUGCUGGCAGGAUAUGACAAGCUGCAGCUAGUCUUGCUUGGUAAGAAAUAUGGAUCAGGUGGAGCCGGCUAAUAAUAACAGGGAUGAUGAGAUGAUGAGAACAUAGCGGUGUUAAUAUUUUUACAUUUCAGUGUCUUGAGGGGUUUUAGUAAGCUGUCUUUACUUUCUAGAUUACAAGACUGAGAGGAACUAGUCAGGUAUGGUAGUAGUGAGGUUUACAUAGUAUAGAAAUGGUAAAGUAGCAUCUAUCAAUCACGCAGUGAGCGAAGUAUGUUUUGGGUGAACAUAAAAGAACAAUUCUAUGUAAAAAUUAGUGUGGUCUUGAUGUGUAAAUAGUGGCCCAUGUUUUCUCUAGAUAUUCAGACGGUCGACAUUUUUGAAUGGUAAAAGCUGAAGUUAUGUCAGUCGAGGUUUUUCUGAACUGGUCUACUACGUAUUGUUUGAUUGCCAAUUAUUCGGUCUGUAUGAUC